AGUCGAUAAGAUAAAGCAACUCCACUCUUAGCUCCCUCUUACAAAGAGGGAUAUAUCACAGACAAAAUGGUCAAACACCUCUCACUAUUUGGGCUCGUCUUUGUCUUCUCCUCCAUAACAUUCCCACAUUCUAGCUCUAUCUCGCCUACCUUGCAGCCUCGUCCUCUGAAAUCCUUUUAUCCCAAAAAUAUUCAGGCUGCAAAGAGCUGUCCAUACGAACUUGUUAUAAAGACCAGUUGCUCCUCUACAACUUACACCAGAGACAAAAUCAGCCUAGCUUUUGGUGAUUCUUAUGGCAAUGAGGUCUAUAUCAAGAGACUUGACGAUCCAUCUUCAGGAACAUUUGAGAGGUGUUCAACAGAUUCAUUCCAGAUAAAUGGACCAUGUGUGGAUGAUGUUUGCUAUCUAUACAUGCUGAGGACAGGAGCUGAUGGCUGGAAACCUGAGAGCGUGAAGAUCUACGGUUCAUAUACCAAGACUGUGACAUUCAACUACAACAAAUUCCUUCCAAAUGGGGUGUGGUAUGGGUUUAAUGUCUGUGGUCGUGCAUCUGAGUCAGCAAUUAUGUAGUUGACAAUGUGAUCAUGUUGAUGAUUGUUGUUGUGUUUUGUUAAACACAUUAUGGUAAAUCAUUAAUAAUGGACUCCGCAUAUACUGAGGA